AUGAUGAAUUUCGCCGCUCAUCACCCUCCGUACGCGUUCGGAGUAACAGCGGCUGGAACAAUCGGACUAGCAUCGUCACCCUUCCCUGCCACACCCAUCGCACACGGGGGGUCACUACCUGACAGAAGCCAGAGAACACCGUUUGCCAUACAAGAACUUUUAGGACUAGGAAACAACAAUCACGAAUCUGAUAGACCAAGACAUUCACAGAGUGAUCCUAUCCUGUCAUCAUCUUACCUGUCUUCGUCAUUGUCCAGUUCGUUAGGACCAGUCCGGUCAGCAAUCAAGGACAUCCCAGUGUCUCUCCCCUACUCCACGUGGAGGUCUACCUUCAUCAACGCUUUAAGCAGCUCAGCGCAAUCUGUGUUCAACUUGGGAUCAUCACCAAAUAAUCUGUUGUCCAAAAGUAGCGACCAUGUCAAAACAAAUCUCGAGUCAAAUUUUAGUGAAAAGGGUAGUUUGGAGAAUAUCGACAGUGCCGGUCUGAGCAGCAAGAAAAAGAAAAAGAAGAGACGUCACAGGACUAUAUUUACUAGUUAUCAACUAGAAGAACUGGAAAAGGCAUUUAAAGAAGCUCACUACCCAGAUGUCUACGCUAGAGAAGUGUUAGCUCUGAAAACUAACCUACCUGAAGACAGAAUACAGGUAUGGUUUCAGAACAGGCGCGCAAAAUGGCGUAAAACCGAGAAAACUUGGGGCAGAAGUAGUAUAAUGGCGGAGUAUGGUUUAUAUGGAGCCAUGGUCAGACACUCACUUCCGCUUCCGGAGACCAUACUAAAGAGUGCAAAAGACGGAGUUCUCGAUUCCUGCGCCCCCUGGCUUCUCACAGGUAUGCAUAAGAAGUCCAUUGAGGCCGCUGCCAAACUUCAAGAAGAAGACGAAGACCCAGUGGAGAAGGACACCAUGGACGUCCGAGACCGAGACAGAGAAGAGAUUCGGUCGGAAAGCAUCGCUUCGCUACGCGCCAAAGCUCAGGAACACAGUGCCAAGUUUAUUCAUGAAAAUCAGGAAAGGCCGGACAGUUGUAGCAACUCACCUUCGCCAAGUGACAAUUAUAAAAGCAGGUUCGAGGAACCGAGAAUUGAUAACGAGAACUCGCAUUCACAGGAGGAGAUUGAUGUGGUGUGA